AUGUCAUACUCCAACACAACCCUCUUCAUCAACCCCUCCUCCUUCAUUCUGCUGGGCAUCCCUGGCCUGGAGGCAGCCCACGGCUGGAUCUCCAUCUCCUUCUGCGUCAUGUACAUGAUAGCCGUCUUGGGGAACGUCACCAUCCUGUUCAUCGUGAAGAGGGAGCCAAGUCUUCAUGGACCCAUGUACUAUUUCCUCUGCAUGCUGGCCAUCACCGACCUGGUCCUGUGCACAUCCAUUGUGCCCAAAAUGCUGAGCAUCUUCUGGUUCAACUCCAGGGAGAUCAAUUUCAGCGCCUGCCUCACCCAGAUGUUCUUUGUUCACUGCUUCUCCACUGUGGGCUCAGGGAUCUUCGUGGCCAUGGCGUUGGAUCGCUAUGUGGCCAUCUGCAACCCCCUGAGACAUUCCACCAUCCUGACAAACCGCAUGGUGGCCAAGAUUGGCCUGGCCGUGCUGCUGCGUGGUGGCCUGCUCCUACUGCCCUAUCCCUUCCUGGCGAGUCAGUGGCCAUAUUGCAGAACCAACAUCAUCCCCCACUCGUACUGUGAGCACAUCGCCGUGGUGAAGCUGGCCUGCGCCGACAUCCGCGUCAGUAGCUACUACAGCCUCUCUCUGGCAAUCUUUCUGACCGGCAUGGAUGUGUUUUUCAUAGCAGCAUCCUAUCUCCAGAUCCUCAGGGCCAUUUUCAGCCUUCCCACCAAGGACGCCCGGCUCAAGACUUUUGGGACCUGCGGCUCCCACCUCUGUGUCAUUUUAGUUUCCUACAUCCCAGCUCUCUUCUCGUUCCUCACGCACCGGUUUGGCCACAAUGUGCCCCUGCAUGUCCAUAUUCUUAUCUCCAAUGCGUACCUACUUGUGCCUCUCAUGCUGCACCCCCUCAUCUUCGGAAUGAGAACUAAGCAGAUCCGAGACAGGCUGAUCCGACUUUUUUUCCAGAAAAGGAGCGUCUACAUU